AUGGCGCAAGUCCUUCUCGACCUCUUCUAUUCGUUCGGGAACUGUCUCAACUGCUUCCCCGGAAACCCCAAUCUCAAGAUCAACAACCGAAGCUUUAAGAUCCUAAGGCUCUUGGGAGAGGGCGGUUUCUCAUACGUCUACCUCGUCGAAGACACGUCGACCCACGAGCUCUUUGCUCUCAAGAAGAUCCGAUGUCCCUUUGGCGCCGAAUCGGUGCAGCAGGCUAUGCGCGAGGUGGACGCCUAUCGCCUCUUCUCACAUGUCCCGACCAUCAUCUCGGCCGUCGACCACUCGGUUGCCACGGAACGCGGCGCAGAUGAGACGACAAAGACUGUCUACGUCCUGCUGCCGUACUACAAGCGCGGCAACCUCCAGGACAUGAUCAACGCCAACCUCGUCAACCACGAUCGCUUCCCUGAGCGCCGCCUCAUGCUGCUCUUCCUCGGCGUCUGCAAGGCCCUGCGCGCCAUGCACGACUACAGGCCCGCCGUCGAGCGCAUGGAUAUGGGCCACGAGGAGGAUCAGCUGCACCGGGAUGAGAGGAAUAACACGAGGGGCAAGCGGACUGAGGAAGAAGAGGAGGGCGAGCAGGAGAGAGGUCUGCUUGAGGGUGAGAACCAAGUAAGCGGGGGCAGGUCAAUUCAGCACUAUGCCCACCGUGAUAUUAAGCCAGGAAACAUCAUGAUCGACGAUGCCGGCUCAACCCCCAUCCUCAUGGAUCUCGGCUCCGUGGCGCCAUCCCCGAUCCCCGUAACAUCACAGUCCCUCGCCCUCCAGAUUCAAGACACGGCCGCCGAGCACUCGACCAUGCCCUACCGCGCUCCGGAGCUCUUUGACGUCCAGACGGGCACCGUCAUCGACACAAAGGUCGACAUCUGGUCUCUUGGCUGCACCCUCUACGCCUGCCUCGUUGGCAAGUCCCCCUUCGAGAUGCGCUCCGACGAGACUGGCGGCACGCUCUCCCUGUGCGUCCUUGGUGGUGACUGGCGUUUCCCUGAUGAGGGUCCCGCCGGCGUUAAGCGCAACAACAGCAUGCGACCCCAGCAGCAGCAGCAGCAACCACAAGCGCCCGCCAUCGAGAUCAGCGAGCCCAUCCGUGAGGUGGUGAGGAAGUGCUUGCGUGUCGAGCCAGCUGAGAGGCCUGAUAUCAAUGAGCUCAUUGAUAUGGUACAGACCGUCAUUGAGGAGCUCCCCGAUGAUUCUCAUUAA